UCCAAAUCGCGCCGACCCUUACGCACAUGCCCAAAACUCGAUAAAAAAACUCUCUCUCGAGGAUGGCUGCAGCCGCUGCUAAUCCAAAUCAUUACACCGUCCCAAUGCCACGAAACUCCGAGGCUGCGAGAUCGCCAGCGAGCGGCUAUCCAUGGGCGGCAGCAGAGAAACGGCUGAACCGCUUCGUUCGCGCCGUUGCUCUCGUGGAGAGAAUGGGCAACGGCCUCGGCACGCUGGCGUUCACAUGGGCGACCGUCGUCGUGCUCGGCGGGUUCUCCACGGACCUGCGACAGGAUUUUUGGUACGCAACGGCGAUCGUCUUCCUCGAGGCUUUCAGGGUGUUUAGCCGCGAAAGCAGAUCAGAUGACCAAUUGUUAUUCAAGACCACAGGUGGUGUCAAACUGAAAAGAGUGGUACUCGGCAGUGGGGUACUGUAUUAUCUAAAUGCAGUGAUUGUGGUGGUAUGCUUUUCAAAUUUCCUAGUAAUUAUCACCAAUCACUUCUUUCCGCUAGGACCAAACCAAACCUUGGUGCUAGCAGCAUUUCUAGCGCUAGUGAGCAAGUUGGAGUUUUCCACGUACAUCGAAGGGCUGAGCAGCUCAGGGCGCAAUAUAUUUGCUACUGUUUUCUUUCGUUGUAUCCCCAUAGUUGCACUCGUUCUGCUAGCUGUUGGUAGAGUAUAUUGGGUAGAUCUGAAGCCAGCAAACGCCCUGUUGCCUCUGAUGCCUCUCUUUGCGUCUUGGAUAAUAUUUAACCUUCUAGUGCUUAGUCUCCAGCACCAUGAACAAAAAUUUGUUAAGGCGACUAAGACGUUGUGCACCGUCAUUUUCCCCUUAUGGGUGGCUAUAUCUCUUGUUGUAGCAUUUAAAACAUUGGGUCUCUUGAUACUAUUAUCCACAGCACUGCUAGGCAAUAUCCAGAUUCCAGUGGCCAUCGCACGUAUUGUGCUAUCGUCGAUGCGCCUUUUCAAGGUUAACGGCCAUCACAUAGACAACAACAAUGAACACCUCAUCCCAGCACUAAAGAUAUUCUAUGUCAUGGUGUUCCUUCAAGGUAUAUCAUACAUUAUGGCAUGUAUGUUGGAGACAGCAUUUUCCUUCUUGUUUAGAAGAUUGUUGGCUAAGGAAUGUGGACUUGGAGAGGAGCCUGAAAUGAAGUCUAUCAACCUCUACUAUGAGGAUGCCUAUGACAAGUGCAUGCAAGAUGGCGUCCUCUCCCAGGAGGACCUGAAACUUGUCAGGUUUGCUGUUGAUUCCCUGAGCUCCAACUCCCACAUCCAGAACCUCGCGUCUGUCCGAAUUCUGUACUCCCUUCUGAAGAAAACAGAAACGAGCAAAAGCAACACUGGGUUACUUGUCUCAGAAAUCACCACAAGCAACAAUUCGGUCGCCACCUUGAUCAGCAUGCUGGGAUGGACGGAGCCAGAAGAUGAAGGCAUAAGGCUGUUUGCUGCUGAGGUCAUCGCCAAGAUGGCUGACAAUCUCUGGAUCGUGGGUGUCCCUGGAACAAUGCAAAUGGUAUCUUCUCUCCUUGAUUAUGAUCCUCGAGCUUCGGAAGUGUGCAUAAACAUGGAGGUGCCUGGUUACCUGCCACCAUCAAGAAUACUGGAUCUCUCAGAGCAACAAACAGAAAACAAUGUUCUGAACACUCAAAACAAGUUCUUGCAACGUGUGAUGAAUCUGAUUUCAAUCCCAAAUGAAGAUAAGGAAUUUUGGAUAACAAAGGAUUCGUUCCCUUCUCAGGCGUUAGAAAUCCUUGAAAAGCUGGCUCAUGAUCAUGACAAUUGUGCAGAAAUUAGCAGAGCCACGGGACUCAUUGCAAAGAUCAUAGGUUUCAUGAGCUCCACCAUAGACACCACAAACAUCCCUAAGCCACAGAAAGAGCUAUGGACUACUUCAUCUUUGAAAUUGAUCAAGAAGCUUGCAAGCACCAAUGGGGAAAUUGGUAAAGUACUCCGGCAGAAAAUUUCUGAACAACCCUUGAUACUAAGUAACUUUGCUGAGGUCUUGGAGGACAGCUGCAGUAGCAAGGACCAAAUGGAGCUAGUGUUGGAGAUCCUUGCUAAACUUGCAAUUGACAUGGAAGCAAGAGAGGAUAUUUUCUCAUUCCAAGUGUUCAUCACUAAGUUGGUGAAUGCCUUUCUUGGUCGAGAACAACAGCCAUCAGUUCGGAAUGUGGCAGGUGAAGCAUUGUCACUGCUGUCAAUGGGGAAUGCUAGCAAAUUCUCUGCUAUCUUGGAAGCAAUAGGACCCAGCUUUAUUGACCUGAAAGAUAUGCUCCUUCAUGACGAGUACACAUAUGUUACAGCAAGUUUGCUGCAAAAUGUGUGUGCUCAAUCUCUAGAGAAGCUAAGCCAAGCAGGAUCAAGCGGGGACCUGUCAUCUUUCUUGCCAGUGGUUUUCGCGAAAAUAAUGAACGCGGAGCUGCAGGGCAAGAAACUUGAGGCUCUGGUCAGCUUGGCUUCGCAGAUCUGUAAGGUCCUCCCUCAACACUUUGCACACCAGCUGGAGCUACAACACGAAGGAUUACCUAACCUUGUUAAAAAGCUGGUGGAUACACUGAAGGCCAGUAAGAAACCUAGUGUUGAAUACCCAAGGAUGAGAAGGGUUAUUAUUGAGAUGACAAUAUGCAUGUUGGAAACAUGUCCCCGUUAUGCAAAAGUUUUUAGAGAAAAGCGUAUGAUGGAAGCACUGUCUAUUGUGGAGAGGACCCCAUCCAAAGUUGAGAAGUACAGGGUCUUCUCUGGCAAUGUAGGGGUGAUUCCGGAGAGCGGCUUACCUCUCCCUGCCCUAGUGGCAAGAGCAAAAGGGUUGGUUGCCCCUGCUACUCAAACUCCAUGAACUCAAUUAGGCAGGCAGGCAUGAUUCAUCAUCGUAGGUACACUAUAUAUCCAUAUCAACAGAGUGGCAUGAUACAUGCAUGUAACCCUGCCUAUUUUAUUAUAUGUCAUAUGUAAUUUGUGAUUUGUUGGGUCCAGUCGUCACAGUGACAGACCUUGGUUUGUAUAUGUUCAACAAAUGUUGUACCUUGCCUAUAAUAAUGUUUUGCUGGCUUGAAUGUAAUUGGCUGAAUGAGUGUGUCGCAGCCUAUAAAAAAUGUUGUACCUAGCUUAUAAUAACAAACGUUGAUCUGUUUAAUAAAUGAAACACUUCCUUUCCAUCA